GGCUCGGCCCGGCCCGGAGCGGCUCGGCCCGGCGCGGCGCGGCGGCGGGGGAUGGAGCCCUUCCUCGGUUGUACCGGUGCCGCGCUCCUGCUCUGCUUCAGCUACGCCGGUCUGCGCCCGGUGGAGGCAGACAGCCCUUCAGCUCCUGUCAAUGUCACAGUCAAACACCUGAAAGCCAACUCAGCUGUUGUCACCUGGGACGUGCUGGAAGAUGAAGUUGUCAUUGGAUUUGCUAUUUCCCAGCAGAAGAAGGACGUGCGGAUGCUGCGCUUCAUCCAGGAGGUGAACACCACCACCCGCUCCUGUGCCCUCUGGGACCUAGAGGAGGACACUGAGUACAUUGUGCAUGUCCAGUCCAUCAGCAUCCAAGGCCAGAGCCCUGCCAGUGAGCCAGUCCUCUUCAAGACCCCCAGGGAAGCUGAGAAACUAGCCUCUAAAAAUAAAGAUGAGGUGACGAUGCAGGAGAUGGAGAAGAACCAGCAGCUGCGAGCAGGGGAGAUUCUCAUCAUUGUUGUGGUGUUGUUUAUGUGGGCAGGGGUGAUCGCCCUCUUCUGCAGGCAGUACGACAUCAUCAAAGACAACGAACCCAACAACAGCAAGGAGAAAGCCAAGAGCGCCUCGGAGAACAGCACCCCCGAGCACCAGGGCGGAGGACUCCUGCGCAGCAAGUAUCCAAAAAACAAGCCCUCAGUGAACAUCAUCGAGGCAUGACAGCUGAUGGAUGGACUCCACUCCUCACUCUCCCUUUCUGCCUCCAAGCCUUGAUGAUGAGGGAGGUGAAAUACUGCUGGAGCCAUUUGGAAAGCAACCCAGUGCUUGUCACUCGCUGGCAUCCUCCUCCUCCUCCUCUCUGCUCUCUGCAAAACAUCUGGCCAGAAGGAAGAGAAACUAAAAACCCUCUGCAAGACUCCCCUGAAACCCAAACGAAAGCAGGAGGAUGGAAAAGCAGCACUGAGGUGAUCCCAGACUGGCUUCAUGAAUCACCUGGGCUGGAGCAACUUCUCACCUCCUUCUCCUCCUCUCCACCCUCACACUUUGAUCGUCUGGAACUGUUUUGCCGUCACUGGGAGGUGUAGGAGGGCUUUGUUGUGUCUUUAUUUCGUCUCACUGUCACUCCAUCCUGACAGGUAUUAAGGUGAGCUCAGGCAUCAGUCACUGUCACCCUUCUCCAAGCGAAGGGAAGGAGGAAAACUCAUCACAGGCACCACCAGCAGGCAGCUGUCGGCUGCUGCCUGCUCCCAGCUUGCUGUGUCCCGUUGAUGUGUGUCGUGCAACACCUCCUGCAGGUGGGUUUCUACAGCAGCCACCGAGACCCAAAAAGGCAGACCCCAGCUCCCAUCCUCACCGUCAGAGCUCCUCUGCUGGCUCUCCAGUCGGGCUGCAGCACAUCUCCACUGCUGCUCCCUCCCAGCUCACACUCGGUGCUCUUCACCUCAGCUCACCAGGGCGCCGAGGCACAGUGAGGGGACACCAGGAGCUGUUACUUAGCUUCCAGGAUCAUUUCAUACCAUUUCCUUCGUGGUAUUGUCACAGCUGGGCCUGAGACCACCACCAAGUGGGAUAAAAAGGUCCUGCAAAAUGUAGCCAGACAGCAAAAAAACAAAAGAGAAGAAGACCCCUCCUGGCACAGGCUGCUAUGCAAGGUCUCCAGUGGCAGGAGCUGCCUUGGGGGCAAGGUUCUUGCCCAGGAGACCUCUACUUGAGGGCUGAAAGUCUUCAAUUGGAUUCCUUAGGUAGGGUUCCUGUGGGAAGGGCUGGUUCAGAGGUACCCUAGAGGCAAGGUUCUUGCCCAGGAGACCUCUACUUGAGGGCUGAAGUUCUUUAGUCAGAUUCCUUAGGUAGGGUUCCUGUGGGAAGGGCUGGUUCAGAGCUACCCUAGAGGCAAGGUUCUUGCCCAGGAGACCUCUACUUGAGGGCUGAAGGUCUUUAGUCAGGUUCCUUAGGUAGGGUUCCUGUGGGGAGGGCUGGUUCAGGUCCUGCCUGCACUGGGUUUGGGAUGCUGGACUAGCAGGGAUCUGCUGGAGGCAUUCAUCCAUCAGCAGGAUGGGCAGUGGAGGGCUUGGGGUUGUUCUCCUCUCUCUUCCUGAGGGGGUGAUGUUUGUAGGCUGCCAGGGUGCCUGGCAUUGCUGGUGCUCUGCAAGCUGGUAGGUGCCAAGUCCAUCAGGUGGAAAAGAAUCACUCCUUGUGGUGUGCCCUGGGAGGGGAUCUGCAUUCAGUUAACUGCUCCACAAGACCACUCCAUAUGCACUAGGGGAUGAGGCAAGGUCCUACCUGUUCCAUCAAAGACCAAGAGAGGUUGGCCUGAGCAGGGCUUGAAUCUUCUUCCAACAAACCAGGAGAGCUUGGUUGGGCUGUCCCUGCAAAGAACCAGGCUGGCAGUGCCAGAGCUCAGCCACGUCCCCUCUGCCACUGUCAGCAGCCUUCCCCAAACAGCUGCCGUGGGAGGAAGGCAUCAGGAGGUCUGCUUGCAGCUGUGGUGGUGAAGAAGCAGCCAGCACAAGGCAGGCCAACCUCCAAGGUUUCUUCAGUGGAUCCUUUGCCAGAACAUACUCCUCCAUCACCGAGAGGGAGAGGUCAGCACCUCUGGCACAGACAGAGCAAUAAACAUUUUCUAAGGUACAAUAAAAGGUUAAAGGCA